AUGGAAAUUGAAACUUGUGAUCCAAAAAUACUCGACAUUGAACUUCCCUACCCGCCAACCAUAACUCCCAGGGACUGUCUCACUCAAAAGAAAAAUGGUGAGAUCCCCACAAAGGCGCCUAACAGUUUUCUCAUAUAUCGUCGAUUAUUUCACGAAGAGAUUCGGGGUCGAGGUUUUUGCCUUCAACAACGAGCGCUCUCUUCGAUUAUAUCUCGGUCAUGGGAAAAACAGCCACCACAAGUGAAGAAUGCCUAUAAAGAAUUGGCGAGACAAGCAAAUCUUGAGCUCAUCGAAAUUCGUAGAUUAUGUCUGGCUGAUACCUCUUUAUUGACGAGAUCAUAUCCACAGAAACCAUAUCGAAAAGGGGUGUCAUUCGUUUCGCCGAUAGUUGGAAAAUAUCAUAACUCGAGUAAUCAUAUCAGUAAUAAGCAUUCAAAUCAGACGAACUUUCGAAUUCAAAAAUUUGGCCAAUCAUCAACAGCCGCCGACCUAAACAAUCAAAAAUUCUCUUCAACAUCGUAUCAUAAUCAGUUAAUAUUGCCACACCCGGAUUCCAAGUACCAUAAUCAACAUCUAUUUCAUCAUUCAAAUAAUUCCUCGACCACCGAUUCAAUGGAUUCUGACAAUGAUAGUAAUCACAGUGAUGAAUAUCAAAAACCUUCGAGGUCAAGUUUCCUGGAUAUUGUCUUGAAUGACACUUCAGAAGAACCAAGAAUAAAAAAAUCUUCAACAAAAAUGCGAAAUGAAGUGUCUUCAUCUACUGCCACCACCACACCUUCUCUUCCCAACCCACCUUCAUCAGUACAUAAAGAACACUUAAAAUCCGAAGAUAUUUGUUCGGAAUGUUUCUUGCCAAAAAGUCCGAGAAAUGAUUUCACUAAAAAUGAAUAA